AUGACGCACGAAAACUCUCUGAGAGUUUUUGUGUGUCAUAGGUCACACGCAGAUGUCAACUUUGGACCACUGGCCUGCACGCUCCAACCACCUCUGGUGACUUCGCCAUCAGCAGGCUCCUCCCACCAUCUAGUGCCCCCAGGGGCCAUCCAACAAUGCUGGUGUUGCACCAACCACCACCUACUUGCCCUCCUCACCCUCUGCUGCUGCCUCUCGCCCAUCCAACACCCCCAGGGGCCGUCCAACGACGCCCCUAGUGCACGAACGAGCUUGAACUUCAGAGUUCGGGCUCGUUCACGUGUGUUCUCACCCCACCGCCCACCUGCUUCGCCCCACCACCACCCCCUCGCCCUCCUGCCCGCUGCUGCCGCCUCUCGCCAUCCGACACCUCCAGGGGCCAUCCAACAACACCCCUGGUGCACGAACGGCCCCGAACUGCGAGUUGGGGUUCAUGUGUGCUUUUCGCCGCCGCCCACCUGGUUCGCCCCACCACCACCCCUUCGCCCUCCUCGCCCUCCGCCGCCGCCUCUCGCCAUCCAACACCCCCAGGGGCCAUCCAACGAUGCCCCUGGUGCACGAACGGCCUGGAACUGCGACGUUCAGGGUCGUUCCCGCUCGUUUUGCCUCUGUGACCUCCCCCCUCUCCUUGUAUCUUGUCUGUACCAUAAUUGUAUCUAG